GAGGAAGUCACGUGUAGCGCGCUCACAUGACUGGCGGUGCGAUGGACCCGCUGCCCGCGGCGCCAGUCGCGGCGGCAGCAGAGGCGGAAGCCGACGAGGAGGCGGACGCACCGGCGGCAGACUUGCCGAUGCCCCAGGCCAGCGAGGGGAGGGACCUGGAGCCCGAGCGAAUGCAGGUGCCGCAGGGGAACCCGCUGCUGCUGUGCCACACCCUGCAGGAGCUGCUGGCCAGGGACUCCGUGCAGGUGGAGCUCAUCCCCGAGAAGAAGGGCCUCUUCCUGAAGCACGUGGAGUAUGAGGUGUCCAGCCAGCGCUUCAGGUCCUGCGUGUACAGACGGUACAACGACUUCGUGGUCUUCCACGAGCUGUUGCUGCAGAAGUUCCCCUACCGCAUGGUGCCCGCCUUGCCGCCCAAGAGGAUGCUGGGAGCGGACAGGGAGUUCAUCGAAGGCCGGAGGCGGGCGCUGAAGCGCUUCAUCAACCUGGUGGCCCGGCACCCGCCCUUCUCGGAGGACGUGGUCCUCAAGCUGUUCCUGUCCUUCAGCGGCCCCGACGUGCAGAGCAGGCUGAAGGAGGCGGCCCAGUGCGCGGGCGACGAGUUCCUGACCUGCAAGCUCGCUCCUCGGGCCAAGGACUUCCUCCCAGCGGACGUGCAGACGCAGUUCGCGCUCAGCCGCGAGCUGAUCCGCAACGUGUACAACAGCUUCCACAAACUGCGCGACCGGGCCGAGCGCAUGGCGUCCCGGGCCAUCGACAACGCCGCCGACCUCCUCACCUUCGGGAGGGAGCUGAGUGCACUCGGGUCGGACACUACGCCACUGCCCUCCUGGGCCGCCCUGCACAGCAGCACGUGGGGGUCCCUGAAGCAGGCACUGAAGGGCCUGUCCGUGGAGUUCGCCGUGCUCGCCGACAAGGCCGCGCAGCAGGGCCGACAGGAGGAGAGCGACGUGGUGGAGAAGCUGAACCUCUUCCUGGACCUGCUGCAGUCCUACAAAGACCUGUGCGAGCGGCACGAGAAGGGCGUGCUGCACCGGCACCAGCGGGCGCUGCGCAAGUACAGCCUGAUGAAGAGGCAGAUGAGCGCCGCCGCGCACGGCCCUGAGCCCGAGUCCGUGGAGCAGCUGGAGUCGCGCAUCGUGGAGCAGGAGAACGCCAUCCAGACCAUGGAGCUGCGGAACCACUUCUCCCUGUACUGCCUGCACCAGGAGAUGCAGCUGGUCCACGCCUACCUGCCCCUCACCUCCCACAUCCUCGGGGCCUUCGUCAACUCGCAGAUCCAAGGGCACAAGGAGAUGAGCAAGGUGUGGAACGACCUGAAGCCCAAGCUGCACUGCCUUUUCGUCGGGCCCAACAGCACCCUGACCCCGCCGAGGUCCCCGAGGGAUGGCCUGUCUCCUCACUAGCGCCGAGGGGACCCGGCCCCCCACUAAAACCUCUUUCCCAACGGUGUGUCCCUGUUCAGUUCCCUCCGGACGGCGGCUGCUCCCCGGGUCCCGCCAGCUGCCACCCCUGGAGCAGAAGAGCUGACAUCAGAGCUGGUGGGGCUGGGGUUCGGGUGGCUCCCCUAUCACCGAGGGAGCGGGGCCAGAGAUGCUACCCCCCAGGUCUCCGAGCGUCUGUGGGAGCUGAGGCCACAUGGGGUCUGUGGCAGUUGUCCCCGGCCUGGCACUGUGGCCUGUGAGUCGGGUGCUAGGAUUCCUUGGGGUGGUUUUCCCUUGACACCCAGAGGGCAGGGUGGCCAAGGACGGCUCUCCUGCCAGUGGGGCCUGGGGGCUGUGCUGGGACCCUCUUUCGUGGGGCCUGAGGCUGGAAGGGCGCAGGGGGAUGGGUGGUGGGUCUUGUUCCGGUUGGGGCCGAGGGCCAGCGAGUGGCCUGCUGCUCUGAACCUUCCAACCGACCUCCUCAGGCGAACGGGACCCUUCUCCCAGACUCUGCCGCACUUGCUGCCCCAGCCACCUGCUCCGAGGGCAAGGGUACUGGCGCUCCGGCAGCUCUGGGGGUGGGAGUGGGUGCGUCCUGCUCCUGAGAGAGAGCUCGGAGCAGUGGGGCCCUCCUGGGACAGGUGCUGGGGGACGUUCUGACGCCCCGUGGGAUCUCGGGGGGCCCGCCUUCCAGGGCUGCCUGGCAGCCCUGGGCCGUCCCCCCGUGUGCCAUCCUGUGGCGUGGUAUCCAGGACCCCGAGCCCAGGUGGGCUCUCGGGUGACACACCUGCAGACAGUCUGUCACAGGUCACCCUCCGGGGCAGGGGCCCUGGGGCACACCCCAUGCUGGGCUCUGUCUAUGGGGAGGCAGCCUCGGGGGUGCAGGGAGAUGGCUGCUUGCUGCACCAGCCCAAGGUCCCCCUGCGGCCGACACGUGCCUUCCUGGGCCGAGGAGCGGGGCCGCGUCCCCCAGUGCCUGGCAGGGGGUCCCCGCUGUUGGCUUUCAAUCUAUCGCUGUCUUUAGAGACGGGUCCUCAGCCACGAGGACCGGGCCCGUGCUGCCACUUGAGGCCAGUCCCUCUUGGUGCCGUGUGUGCCUGAGCUGUCCUGUGACCAGCCCACCUCCGCCCUGCCCCUCGAAAGCUGCUGCUCACUGUCUGGGGCCUGUCGCAGGUGACGGGCCAAGGGGCGGCAGGGAGCGUGACCCAGGGCAGACGGAGGCCCUGCUCGUGCAGGUCAUGAGGUGCCACGUGCCGGGCUGCAGGCCUGCCCCCUCUUGCGGCCCCGGGGAGCCAGCCCGCUGCCACAGCCUCGCCCCCAGCAGGGACAGGACCCCCUCCAGCGCCAGCCUUCCUGCUCCCAGCAGGCCAGAGCCUCAGCGACAACGCUGCCUUGGCCCGGCCCGCUGAGCCAAGCCCUCAGCAGCUACCAAAGACAAUCGUCGCCGUGGUCCAACCCCCCUCCGGAGCCGGGUCGGGGGAGGGCGUGUGGGACUCGGCUGACCGCUGCCAGGGCGUGUGUGUCUGGGGCCCUGCCUCUCCUGUGCCUGGGUCAGCCUCACACGGGACACACUUGACCCCCUGGCCACACGGGUCCACAGCUCCCACACCCAGCUAAUGGAACUGUUUACAAGUGGCCCGCAUUCCGAGAUCUUCAUCGACUAACACAACUAUUAUUAAACAUAUUUAUAAAAGUU